UCUUCUGCUUCAUAAAUCAGAACCCAUCAUGAGCCAGUCUUUACCCAUUUCCUUCCAUUUGAAAAAAUGGCUAUGGCGAAUGUGAACAUCUCUGCUGCUUUCGGCUUCAACUCUCCUUCCUCUCUUCUUCCACCCUCUUCUUCCCUUGCUUCCCCACAAAUCCAUUCUAUCCUCUUUCCUAGCGAAUUGGCUCUUCCAACUAAGAGAAGAGAUAUUUUCCUCCCCUCUUUUUCCACCAGGAACCGGCAUUGCCAAGCCGUUGAUUCAGCUCAAGACGAAGAAGAAGAAGAUGACGUUGGGGCCAGUGAGACUGUCUUGUACUCCUUCAGUCCUUUGCCUUUGAUUUGUGCGGCUGUUCUUCCUAGAGCCGGAACGGUGAGGUCUGUGUUUGGUCCCUUUGUUGAGCUUGUAAAAUCAUGGAAUCUCCCAGACUGGCUUGUUCACUGGGGUCACCCCGGCAACAUGGCUGUGGUACUUUUUGCCAUGGGUGGUUAUGGAACUUAUCUUGGCUUCAGAAUACGAUUUUCUGAUGAUGUGGAGGAGAGAGCAAAGGCAAAAGAUUUGCAUCCAAAGCUUUUAGCCGGAAUGUUUUUCUUCUUUGCUCUGGGGGCUACUGGUGGAAUAACAUCACUAUUGACUUCCGAUAAACCCAUCUUUGAGAGCCCUCAUGCUGUUACAGGUUCCAUUGGCCUUGCUCUACUGGCCAUACAGACAAUAUUGCCAGCACUAUUUGAGGGAAAUCCAGGUUUGCGUAAUGUGCAUGGGAUAUUGGGCAGUGGGAUCAUGACACUCUUUCUUGUCCACGCCGCUCUUGGACUUCAACUCGGACUCAGCUACUAGUGUUCCUGAUCUCCAUUUCUCAGCUUUUCCUGGAAAAUUCUUGUUUUGAUCA